CCUCCACUGACAAACAUUGCCUUGAAAUCCGCAUUGCUCUUUGGCUUCUUGUUCUCCUCCGGACCGCCUGGUCCAUGGCCAUUAAUCUCAGCAGCACCUGCAGAAUUCGCAGGCUUCGGGGCGGAAUAACCCAGACCUCUCUUCUGUCCUAAUCCUCCACGACCACCAGCACCAGGUCUUCUAACUGGAGCACUGGGCUGCUGCAUCAAUCCAGCUGCCGGCUUCUUUCCCUGCCCAACCUGAAUCCGAUCAGUCCUAAUUUCAUCCUUCUCUGCGAAGAGAUCUUUCAAUCCCCCAGUUCGCAAUUUUCGUCCUGGAGCAAUUUCAUGGUUCUCUAGAGCCAACGCAGCUUUGCCUGCGGAUGCAGCAUCGAUGUACUCGAUAAUGGCACCUUGAUGAUCAGGUCGUAAGACAACCUUGACAAGCUCGCCAUAAGGUUCAACGAUGGCGUUGACUCUAGCCACAUUAACUGUGUCCGGUAUGUUCAUCAGAGUUAUCGUACGAUUGGAGUGUUCAGAUCGGCCAGGUGCAUGUUGAGCAUGAGUAUUGUUGUGGGUGUCAGGGGCUGGGGACGGCGACAUAGCUGACCCUCCAUCUGGGGCAGGAGAUGCAGAUGAUCCCUUGAUAAUCGUCGCUGUUGGCUUGAAGUUCUUGCCUGUAGAAAUUUCUACCGUGAGAACUCUUGACUUAAGUUUCGUCUUAUCAAGUUCGAGAGCCGCAUUGGCUUCUUCCUUCUUUUCAAAGGCCACAAACGCCGCACCCUUGCUAUCUCCAGUCAUUGUUGUCAAGAUCCGAGCUUUCUCCACUUUGCCAUACUUCGAGAACACUUCCGCCAAUUCUUCUUCAGAUAUACUUGGGUCGAGACCAGUGAUGUGAAUCUCACGUCCCUCUGCCAUAGCACCUUCACGGUCCUUCUUGUUGGCCGGGUCGGAGUAUUUCGCGCUUAGCUUGUAUUUGCCUCCAAGCAACUGACCAUCGAGUUUCGUAGCGGCGGCCGCUCCUUCUGCAGUCCGAAACGAUAUAUAGCAGAAUCGUCUAUGCGUAUUAUGCUUAAGACUUGGCCAGCGAAUACUGAAUAUCUCACCACAAUCUUUGAACAGAUGUCGAAGAAAAGCGUCAUCAGCAAUCGGUGGGUAAUUUGUCACAUACAAUGUCAGCCCCGUACCUGGAGUAACUUGGAGUUGCUUCUCGCCGAAAUACUUUGAAUCGCGUAGCAGAGCGGAUUGCGCCUCCUCAGGCGUUCGAAACUCGAUCAAUGCCGUGGUAGAUUGCUUGUCGGCCUCGGUCUUCAGAGUUACGUUAUUUAAGUGCCCAUACUCCUUGAAGUAUUGCCUGACUUUCGUCUGGGUAACUUCAGUAGGUAGGUUUGCGACAAGGAUAGUCGUGUUUUCUCGAUCACGCUUUGCAUGCUGUGCUCGAACAGCCUCUCGAUCGACACCCUUCAGCUUUUUUUGGGCACCACCUUCAGGGUCUUCCGACGCAGACUCGCGUUUUCUCUUGGAAGCACCUGACGGGGACUCAUCCUCAGCAGGUAACUCUGACGGUACUGCUGGCUGCUGCUGAGCGUAUGCCGCCGCAACUUCGGCAGCUUCUCUCUCGCGCCUAGUAGCAACUAAUUUCGUAACUCGAUGUACGGUGCUCAUAGCCUUGAGCAAAGCGCCAACUUCUUCAUAGUUGUUGCAAUGCCGAAGGUAAAUCUCCAUAAGCUUCUCCGGCCAGUCCAAUGUCUUCCGACCGACAGCUUGAAUCAAGACCCCAGUAGCAUGUGUCGGUGGUCCAACAGGAUUUCUAACAGUCAUUUCCCAUAGAUAGUACUGUUGCCAGAACUCGUAACUAUCUGCAUGGGUCUGAACCAACCGCUUCCAACAUUCCCGAGCUUCAACGAUGGCCCCUUUUUGGGUCAGAUGCUGGAUGAAAAUACGUUCGAUACGGAACAGGGGGUCUCCUUUCCAUUCCUUGCCAUGUCGUCUCUUACCCCAUUCUCGAACGUCUUCCAGCGCAGUUGGUAGACCCAUUUCUGCUACAUCAAUAUCAUCAUCCGUUGCCCCAGCAAUCAUGGUAAGUCUUUUCAAAUAUCCACUCCACGCAAUGUAGAAUUCGAUGACACUGGCCAUACCAUCACGAUCCAAUUCUCUGGUGUUUGUAGCGGCAUGCUUGAUUUGUUCCAUUGUAGAGAAUGGCAGAGAUUCAGCUUCCGCAGAUAAUAUGUACCUUGCCCAAAGUUUACCAGACCAUGGGCAGUGAUUUGUGGCUCUCUGAAUAACAGGGAGCACAGCGGGGAGUUGAUUGUCAGCCGGCUCGUCCUUAUGGUUGGUAAGAAAAACGAUAUAGUCUUCCCAAAUUGAGGGCUCCAAGCCUAGGGGGGUUGAAGAGAGAGCUCGCUCAUACAAUGCUGCGCAAAGUAUCAGUGGACUAGCAGCGGCCCCCUUCUUAGGUUUGUACAGUGCUUGAUUAGAUUCCCAGGUCAGAUAGGCAUUCAUUUCAGCCUUGAUGAUCUCUGUAUGUCCGGUGUCAAUAGCUCGCUGCAGCUUCAGUUCGUGCGGCUCGCGAUUGCUGUACAAUUCUUUUGCAACCCGUCCAGCCUUUGUUGACUCAAUCAUGGUUGCCUCCCAGGCAGGCUCGUCGAAUUUCGUGACAAAUGUCGAGAGCAUCUGCGAGGUCUCAUCCCAAGUGGCAUGUGGAAUCCGAAGUCGAUCAAAGAAUAGGUUCCGGGCGCGGUCGAUCUUCUCGCGGUUCGGAGCUUUCGAAAUCUGUUCCAACUCGAUCGACAUCCAUCUGUUCCAUAGCUCGUGGCUGUCGUUCAAUCGGUAUUGCGUUGCUUGCGCGCCUUCAUGCCAAACAUCCAGAGCUACCCCUAGAGAGAACAGUUCUUGCCCGACUUGUUGCUCUUCUUCUGGCCAUCCUGCAUCGCCAUUCUGACAAUCUGUGUACAGAGACCAGAACCAUUCGCAGUAAGCCAACCACAACUUAUUCGACCAAGGUUCGGCCGCAAUCGCACGCUUGUAUUGCUCCACAACUCCUAUUCUCUGCUCAAGAUCGCCGGCAGUUCUGCUGGCUUCAUCAACGAGGGCAAGCCAUGCAUCUUCGCCGACAGCAACUGAUUCGGCCAUUGCGCCUGGCUUGAAGCCUUGAGGUUGACAGGGUUGACAGUAUCGUGUCGAAAGAUCACUGUCUAGAGAAAUCGUCAAGGUGUUGCCUUAGCAUCUCAAAGCUGAUAGUUGAGAUGAAUUGAGCGCGUACUUGUAGAGGGUUGUCGUUGCGGUGUCUGCCUCCCUGGGGGGUGUUUUGGCUGUACUAAAUUCAUGGGCGGCGCGGGUCCAGAUCGCGAUCACGUGUCGCCGGAUCAACAGUUCUCCCGUUUUCAUGUUUAUCGUGAAGCUUCUGAGAACGAGGAAGGGCAUCAUUAACGACCAUCAUGAGUUUACAUCUGCCUUCGCGGCGAGUAGUGAGGACGGCCACAGCUCUUACGUCUCCGCAAACAAAGCUCAACUUGCUCACACCGAUUAUCCAACGUCGAACCGGCUUUUCAUUGCGGCCAUGGAAAGUGGAUGAAGCCAUGAAGUCCAGAGCGAAGCCAACAAACCCGUUGACCGAAGAGUAUCUGCGGAAGAAGCCUAAGCCACCAGCUGGAGGGCCAAAACGUGGUAGCCUGUCAUCGUCAUCCAUCUUCGAAGAUGAGGAAAUUGUUGGUCCAACUUCUCAAGGACCGGAGGGUAAAAAGCUGGAGCCCCGGAAUCCGCAUACAAUGGCUGCUGCGUUAGAUCCAGAGCCACAAGCAAGAAAGCGAUGGGAGCGCAAGAUGGUGAUUCGGGAUAUUCACAAAAGGGGUCGAUUAACGAAGACACAACAAUUGAAGAGAGAGGAAAGGGUGAUGCUGUUAAAGAGUCAUGAUUUCAAGACGUCUGUCAAGAAACUUGUCCCCUUGGCUAAGCAGAUCGCUGGUAAAACCGUUGAGGAGGCAAUUGUGCAGAUGAGAUUCUCGAAGAAGAAAGUUGCCAAGGACGUCAAGGAACAUCUUGAGCAUGCUAGGAACGAAGCUAUUACCCGGAGGGGAAUGGGAUUGGGACUGGGUGUAAAAGGAACCUUCCGACAAAAACAGAUUCUCACCAAAGAUGGGGAGCGCGUCCAGGUUGAGGAUCCUACGACAUUAUAUGUGGAUGAAGCAUGGUGUGGUAAGGGUCUGUAUGGAAAAACACCUGAUCAUCGUGCGAGAGGUCAAGUUUAUCUGAUGAAGAACCGAACGACCUGUACGUAUCAAAUUUCCCAACUUGGAAACUAACUAACAUUCGCAGCUCUGUCGGUGGUAUUGAAGGAAGAGAAGACUCGAAUUCGUCUCCAUGAAGAGCGUGAGAAGAAGGAGCAGAAUCGCAAGGUCUGGGUACAACUACCAAACAGACCCAUUACCGCUCAACGACAAUACUACUCGUGGUAACCGUGUAGGGUCAAAGAGCCAAUUGUAUAAUUACCUUGUUUGCAGCAUACUGAGGAAUCUACCUAUUCUCUGCCGUCAGCCAGUUUUCUUGCUGCCAUUUCUCCGAAUUCUUCCAGAGCUACUGAUUGGGUACGAAGGUGCAGAGUUGUUUCCGAUUAACUCCCUCCAAGCUUCUGAUGCCAGACGAAGCUUUCUCUGUUAAUCAGAUCAGCUUCCUACCUGCCACGUCAGGUAUCGCUACAUGAUUAAUGACACCACUAAUCUGCAGUCAUGCAGGCUAGCUCACCGAGCCAGUGUACGACACAACUGGUUCGCACCCAUUGGACACCCGCCACCUCAGUCGCAGGUGAGUCCAGAAACGUCUUUACGGUAGCAUACUCAGGAGUAUUAGUGUCCAGUCUUUCCGAAAAUUAGAGUCAUUCGUCCUGAAAGCCUCGAUUUAUCCUGUUAGGGAUAAGAAGGAUCAAUGGAGAACGGUCUGCUAUCAUGUCUUUGCAUCAACGACUACCGCACAUGGCUCUUGAUCGGAAGCUGGCUGGCGAUGCCAAUGUGAAUCUAGAUGUCAAGAUUGCUAAUCGAAGACAGUUUUUACAAGAGCAUUUGGAGACCAGAUGAUGGGCCGCUCUUUUUGUCGUACCGGUCAAGGGUGGCUUGGGAUAGGCUCCGGAUUUAUGCUGCCUGGUGACAUUAUUGUGGUGCCGAUGGGGUGCUCCACCCCAGUGCUCUUGAGGCAGGCAGGUGCCCGGCAGUAGAGGAGCUCAUGAACAGGGAGAGGAGGCUGGAAAGGACGUGCUUCAUUGCAUGGGAGAGUAUCAGUCAAUGUGCCUGGACAAAAGAACGUUAGCAAUGGCGCAUGGGAGGAUUUUCCAGAAAAUUUUAGUCUGCUCAGCAAAGGAUACUGCGGAGUGCUACAUAACCACUUGAUGCAUGCGUCCGCAAUCGGGCAUAGGAGUCACCUGCGCUGCACAUGCAUUCCAGCUCGCACAGUUUACCCACUUUGGCCCCAGCCUGAAUCCAUACAUCUGCUUCUUGAGCCUCACU